UUGAUCAUCAGCAGGUUUACACUCUUUGAGGACCUGAAUCUCUCUUGUAGCUUCGUUUUAUCAUGCACUGUCGAUCACCUCGUCUUGGCCACGGAUGACUUGGACGUCACGUUUGCAGUGGGAAAACGGCGAUGCGGUUGCACUCGAAUCCCGCUCGUGCUAUGUUACUUGGGCGGCACGACAUAUUGUGCUCUAAGACGGCAAUACGACGGACCUCAACGGCUCUGCCCCAUUCGAGGCUCGACUCGGAAAUUGUGCAUCAGCGCCCAUUCCACGCGGCCUUCAUGCAAGACGGCGUCAGAGGAGCGAUUCCUAAGCAUCAUGAUCUUACUGCUUCAUAUACUGUCUCGAACUGCGGUUCAUGUUCGAUCUCACCUCACUUGGUCGCACUUCUGAUGUCUGCAUGGCCUCGUUUUCUCGGUAUACCUGCGGUUGCUUUCAACGUGCCGAUGGUAACCAGCACCAUAGGCGAAGUGCGCAGGGAGCUCACUUCGAUGAAACCUCGCAUCUCCCCGUUGUGUCUUGAUCAUCCAGUCGCAUCGCCACCAUCAGAACGCUCUAGUCUCCGUGAAACUUGCAUGGUCGCGAAGAGCCGGUGAGCUUCUUCAUCAUGGGUGGGGCGUCCUUUUUUGUCAUAGAGUCUCUUUGACGUUGGGACUGUCUAGUCAAUAUAAUAUGCUGGUAAACCUUGAGGCAUCCUGUGUAUGCUGCUUCCCAUCGUAAACUAGAUCAUGCAGUGGAAACGGCUCUCGCCACGAGAGCGCUUCCUAUAGCCUCAACACGGGG